AUGAAACUAAUACAAUGUGUUUUUGUCAUUGUUUUGCUAAUGGCAGUAACGGUGUGCAGCAGUCCUUUGCUAACACAAACACCAUUCAGUGAGGAGGAUUGCAUCAGACAAGGAGGUAUAUGCGUGCGCACGGAGGAAUGUGAUCCAGACAACAUAUCGACGAUUUCGCAAUUUCUAUGUCCAAACCAAGCGCACCUUGGAGUAGCCUGCUGCUAUGU